UGCCGGGCGCCAAAUUCAAACAACUCAAGAGGCAGAAGGAUGGCGGUACUGACCGCCUGAGGGACUGGCGGCCGGCUGGCCACGUUCUCCCUUCAAGACGGGGGAGGACGGGGCUUGGAGCCCAGCCCCCGCCGCUCCAGCCCCAAGAACCGCAGGGCAAUCAGCUUGCACUUGCUUCAAAUACUGCUUCCUGUAUCUUCCAAGAGGAAAAUAAACAUGGCACAGAUGUUGUGGAUGAUGAUGGCACAUCCCUCACCAUCCAUUUCUCUCUAUCACAAGAUCUGUUCUUUUGCCCUUGAUGGAGAUUGAUUGUGCUGGUCAAGGAUGAAGAGCAGCCCACAUAGGCCUCUGAUUCUCAAGAGACGGAAAUUGUCUCUUACACCCCCUGAUUCAUCUAGCACACAAGUAAGAGUUGAACCAAGUAGAGAAUCCCCUGAGCAGGAAAGAGCCAGAAGCAAUGAGUGUAAUUCAAACAGACCGGAAACUGUGCCUCAGAGUGUCCUUACAGGAAUUAAGAUCAUUGAUCAUCCUACCAUGUCAAAUACACAGGUAGUAUCUGUUCCUGCCAGUGCAGAUAUCCAAAGUAUCCUUGAGGCUCUGAUGACCAGGGGGAAAGAAUCUGGUGAUAAUGGGCCUAAAAAAUUUAUUCUCAUUGGUGGUGAGAGCCACAAUGCCCGGACAGACUCAGGAACAUUUCAGACUGAAGAUCAGCAUAUCAUUGCCACAAGAGGGGCACAGAAAGAGCACAAGUGCAGUGGGCAAAGCUCUGGAACAGUGGAAGAAUCACUAUCUGAGGAUGGACAAGAACAGGAUGGAAAUGGCAGCAGGGAGACAACAAGCUCCAGCCUAAACAAUAGCCUAACUAACAUCCAGUGGCUGGGCAAGAUGAGCUCCAGUGAACUGAGCCCUUGCAGCAUGAAAAAAGGGAUGGAGAAGGAGAACCAGACGCCAGAACACAAAACAAUCAAGGUUGAGGAAAGUUCUGCAGCUCCUUCCUCCGCCUCCUCAGGGCAGGAGUCCUUCAUUGAACGGCCUCCCUACUCCUAUAUGGCCAUGAUCCAGUUUGCCAUCAACAGCACUGAGAAGAAACGCAUGAUGCUGAAGGACAUCUAUACCUGGAUUGAGAAUCAUUUUCCUUAUUUCAAGCAUGUAGCCAAACCAGGCUGGAAGAACUCCAUCCGACACAAUCUUUCCCUUCAUGACAUGUUUGUUCGGGAGACAUCUGCCAAUGGCAAAAUCUCUUUCUGGACUAUUCACCCUGAAGCUAACCGCUAUUUAACACUAGACCAGGUGUUCAAGCCGUUGGAUGCAGGGUCACCAGCAUCACCCGAGCUCUUGGAAUCACAGCAAAAAAGGCACACUGUGGAUCUGCAGAAGAAUUUAGGAACCUCUAGUAGCUGCAAAAUUGAACCACAGGCUGCACGCCGGAAAAUGAAGCCCUUGUUACCGCGUGUCAAUUCCUACUUGGUUCCAAUCCAUUUCCCAGUCGGUCAGUCCCUCAUAUUUCCACCUUCUUCAAAGGUGCCUAUUGCUCAUAGUGCCGCUGAGAUUGUGAAGAAUACUAAACAGGUGCACAUUGUUCCAAAGGUGCCACCAUCCAUGGAAGAGCUGACCCCAUUCUCAUCUGCAAACUUCAUAAAAGAGGAAAUUUGCCCAUUUGCCUCUGAUCAUCCCACAAAAGAGAAUUCCCUUAAGCCCAUGGCUAUUAAAGAAGAGAAUGACACAUUUUGUUCUCAGGAAUGGGUCUUCCUACCAGCAAUAUCCGUAAAAGAUGAACCAACACAACCUACUGAAAAACUGAACGUAUGCCUUUCAGUACCACCUGAAGAGGAGGCGAGACAGUUCACAGCUCUCAAGUUACCACCCCAGAACAUGUUGGACAUGAUGCCAAUAAAGAGACGAGAGAGGCAUAAAAUUAACAAAUCCAGGAGAAAGCAGCACUUAUCCCUGCCUUGCUCAGAGGAACCAGGGAUUCUUUUGCCAUCCAGUGGCAGUUCAGAUUCAUUCACACAUGACUUUCCACUUGGGCAAGGAAACGUGUCUCAGCUUGGUUGCUUUCAAGGGGAAGAUGGAUCUUGUAAAACUCCAAUAAAAGAGAUGUUCAACAAACAACCAGCUUCUUCCACCCCUAGUAAAACUCCUGUAGCCACUUCACCAUUCCUAGCACUUACUGACCCCUGGAGACCAGGACCCUUUGUCAAAGAAUCUGGUGAUCUGGAUUUAUGUCCUGUGAGAACCCUCCCAGCCCCUUUGCUGUCCCUCCAGGAGAACGCAGACCUUUUGGGAUUGAGCAGCACACCCUCAAGACAAUUCCUCUGUGAUUCUCCACAACUGCCCCUUCUCAAUGCAGAAUCCAGCGCGAUGGUCUCUGGACCCUUGACAAGUUCUCCUGCACUCAGCAAAACGUCAUCCCCAGAGCUUCAAACCUCUGUUGUUUCAGAAAACCAUUCACUCUUGGAAGGCCUAGUCCUGGACACAAUGAAUGACAGUCUGAGCAAAAUCCUACUUGAUGUCAGUUUUCCUGGCCUGGAGGAUGACAGCCUUGGUACUGAACUCAACUGGUCACAUCUAAUUUCUGAGCUGAAAUGACCAAUGCUGACUCAGAACUGCUCAUUGCAACCCCCCCCCCCCCCCGCCCAAAAAAAACAACACCUAUGCACAGGCAGUCUUUUUUUAACUUGAGCCCUAUAUUGUGUACAUAUUUUUAUAAAGCUAAAUUGGCCCGGAUGUUGCCUAACAUUCCAGUGGGUAUUGCUAUUGCGUAUUCUGAAGCCAACACACUGAUAUGAACAAUCAAGGAAACCAAAAUCAGUUUUUUAUGAAACACUGUAGAGAAAGGUCUAGUUUCUGUAUAUGGGCCUAGCUGUUUCUGAAUAGCAUCCUGUAGAUUUCCGUCAAUAUGUGUAUAUGCUAAAUGUAAUUUUAUAAUGAUAAAAAGUAUGAACACAUGCGGGGGACUUAAGCUUUUGUAUUUUCAAGAAUACAAAAGAGGAAAUUUUAACAGGUUCACUCUGGAACUAGAAGGUGAAGAACAAUAAGAGUUCAUUCUAUUACACAAAUAAUAAGUACAGGAACUCUGACACCUUUGGUAGCUUUUAACAGUUUACAAUAAAUAACUAUAUUCUAAAUAUUUAGGGUCCACGCGUUCUUCCAGGUCUUGUUUUUGUGCCCUUUUUUCCUCAUGGAUGGUACUUAACAAUUCCUAUUACUCUGCUAGGAUUAAUAUCCUCUUCCCCCACACCAUUCAGAAGCAAAAACUGUAUUUUAUGUAAUAUAACAAGAGAAAUGCAACAGACUAUGAUUGGGAAAAACGAGAAGAAGAGUUAGAGAUUUCAAUUGGAAAAAAAUGCUUUUAGCCAAAUUAGGAUCUUGCAGAUCUAACAGUUAUCUACCUAUAUAAUCGAGUAUAAGCCAAGUUUUCAGCCCGUUUUUAGGGCUGAAAAAGCCCCACUGAGGGUCCUGGCCAGCUUAUAUUUGGGUCAGCUUAUACUCAGGUAUAUAGGUAAUCAGAGUUGGGCAGUCUUAUCUUAAAUUACAGUUUUAUGUAAAUACUAGCUGUGCCCGGCCACGCGUUGCUGUGGCGAAGUAUGGUGGUAAGGGAAAUAAAGUAUUGAGGAAUUGGUGGUAGUUAAGGUAAAGGGUAAAGGUUUUCUCCUGACAUUAAGUCCAGUUGUGUCCGACUGCACACUGAAGUGGAUUAUAUGGCAGUGUGGAGUCAAGAUAAUCCAGAUCAAAGCAGAUAAUAUAAGAUUAUAAAUGAGUUAUAUAGCUGUGUGGAAGGGGGCCUUGAGUCUACACUGCCAUAUAAUCCAGUUCAAAUCAGAUAAUCUGUAUUUUAUAGGCAGUGGGGAAGAGGCCUAAGUGAGGCCUAACUCUGCCUGUCCCCUGGGCUGCAUGGGUUGCUAGGAGACCAAGUGGGCGGAGCUUAGCCUUUUAACUGGCAGCAAUUGGAUAAAAACAAUUAUUCCUCUCCCUCUAAUUAGGACUUUAUUUUUCUUUUCUUUUUGUUGUAUGAAUGUGGAUGAGGGGUUGUGCUGCCAAGUUUAGUGUUUCUGGGAUGUGUGAUUUUAUUGUUUUGUCCUAGGCUGAAAUUUCAUUACCCUUUUAUAUCUAUACUAGCUGUGCCCGGCGACGCGUUGCUGUGGCGAAGUAUGGUGGUAUGGGAAAUAAAGUAUUGAGGUAUUGGUGGUAGUUAAGGUAAAGGGUAAAGGUUUUCCCCUGACGGAGCUUAGCCUUCUAACUGGCAGCAAUUGGAUAAAAACAAUUAUUCCUCUCCCUCUAAUUGGGACUUUAUUUUUCUUUUCUUUUUGUUGUAUGAACGUAGAGGCAUGGAUGAGGGGUUGUGCUGCCAAGUUUAGUGUUUCUGGGAUGUGUAGUUUUGUUGUUUUGUCCUAGGCCGAAAUUUCAUUACCCUUUUAUAUAUAUAGAUUCAAAAACAUGUAACCUAUUGAUGCCGCAAUGUUAUUAGUAUCUAUUUUUAUUUUACAAGUAGCUGCUGCAUUUCCCACCCUUUUCUUAUAUUCGAGUCAAUACAUUUUCCCAGUUUUUUAUAGUAAAAUUAAGUGCUUUGGCUUAUAUUCGGGUCAGCUUAUACUUGAAUAUAUACAGUAUGUUAAUAAUAGUGAGUGAGACAGAGAAAAAGGUGAGUUAUGUGAAGCAAAAUAAUUUUGACUGUACAAACAGGCUGGAGAGAUGGUUGACAUAAAAGAUGAAAAGAAAGGGAGGGGAGGUAAUAUUAACGAUACAAGAGGAAAAUGAAAUAAUAAUUGAUAAUGUAAAUAGUCAAAAGACUUUUCAUAGAUAUUAGUCUUUUCUUGUAAAAGACAAAUCCCUUUGGGUAAAACAGGAAUAUCUAGGUAAAAAAUAUUGACAGGCUAUGACUCACAGAAACAUGUUAAAUGUUACAAUAGAAAAUGAGAUUUUUCAUGCCAUUCAGAAGAUUAAGACCGGUAAAGUACCUGUACUGGAUGGUCUAUCAGUUCUCUAUUAUUAAUGUUUCAUGCAUGUUCUAUUAUUACGUUUAUACCAGACAUUAAAUUCAGUUCUUCAGAACACGAUGAUUCCUAAGACAUGGAAAGAGAUGACUAUUGCAUUGAUAUCAGAAGAGGUCAAGACUUCACAGUGAUAAAAGAACUGUAGGCCAAUUUCAUUGCUAAGUCAUAACUACAAAAUCCUCAUAAGACUGUACAACAGCACCUUUACUGGCCUACAUUAACAAGAGUACAGCACAGACAAAAGAAGGUCACAGAUUUUUUUUAAAAAGAAAAGCAUGAUUAAAGAAUAGAACUUGUAACAGUCUUGCAAAAUAAUGCAUCAGAGUUGUUCAGGAGGUAUGGAAUUUUAUAACGCUUGUCAUUGAGAACACUGCAAAAAAUGGAAUUCCUGUAUUUCAUCGAUAUCUUCUCAUAUUUGGAGCAUUCAAAGAAUAGUCAAGUAUUUCGACAGAAACCAGGUCAUAAGAACAAACCCUUUUAGAACGUUCCAUAUUUUUGUAUCUCCUUUCCAAAACAGCUGAUGGCAAUACAUUACAUCUUGCAGUAGCCAAAGCUCUUUGGUAGGAUUAAUAAAAAUGUGAAAAUAAACUUCCAUAACUCCACACUCACAUGGUAUUAAUAAUAUGGCAGAGGAACAAGUCUUUGCUGCAAGAGUCAAAUGGUGGAAGUCAAGAUUCAAAAGUCUGGUUGAAAGACUGAAAACAAUUCGGCAGGAUUCUAUUCAGAUAUCAGUGUGGGUUUUUAUUGAAAACAGUUGUAAAAGUAUUUUCGCUAUUUUUGGAAUAUAUUGAAUGGCAUUGAGAGCCAUGGAGAAUUUUUUAUUUUAUUUUUUGCAUGCAGAAUGGGCUUUUGCAAUUUGAGCUGGGUUUUCUUAUUUUGGAAUUUUAGAAGCAAUGAGUUAUUUUAUCAGACGAGUAAAAGCUAUUUACAAUGCAUAAAAAUGCCAAAGAUUGGUCAUGGGUGAGUUAAUGAAACCAUGUGAAAUACAAAAAGGAACAAGGCUGUCCAUUGUCUCAUCUCAUGUAGUCAGUCCUACAAAUUUACUGGCUUCACUUUCAUGAAUUUGAUUACUGUAUAGUCUUAGCAUAAUAGUUGCACUCCCCUUUUCUGAUAAUACAAUGAAAUAUGGUAUUUCCUGCUGCCCUACACCAUUUUUGAUAGGGACUGCAAGCCUCGCAAGAUAGUGGCAAGUCCCCAUGUAAAAUGAUGUAGGGAAGAAGCAAAAAGGGCAGGUGAGUGGAAAUGGAGAAGUCAGGUGGGAGAGGAGGAGAUUGCAUUAGGAAAGUAGGUAUGGAGGAAGGCAUGCUGCCAUCAGUUUUCUGGGCAAAAUAAAAUGUGCAAUGUGCACCGGGAUCUCUGCCGGAAUCCACAUGUUGAUGUACUCUGCCAUCCUCCAACCCCAAAAUUCACAAUCUUGCCUUCAUCCAAAGAGUCCCUUUCCUUGUUUUUCCUUGGCUAGGUAGCAGCAUGGAGCAGCAGAAAUAGGAGCAAGGCCCCACAUGAUUAAUUUUGCUGUAUUGCUUUAUUAUUUUAAUAAGAUAGCUCAUAAGCUCUUUCUCCUUGACUGAAGUCUGCUUUCCUUAAGUCUAGGUUGAAGUCAUAGUCCUCAAUAGAUGACAUCACGACUCGUUGCUGUGGUAAUUUAACAAGCAUAUGAUAAAGGGGAAGCCAGCUUGUUCAUAAGGAACAGAACAAAGGGAAGAGAAAAGGCAAGGAGAAAUUAAACUUACAGAAUAAAGGCAAGCUAUUUCCUUUGUAAGGCAAUCGCAUUUUUCAUUUGCAAUGGCACAUGGGUUUGUUUAGGCUCUUAAAAAUAUUCUUGAUUGCCUAAUUUUUAUUGGUCAGGAAUAUCUUCCCAAGGAAAAUUGACCUUUUUGAGCAUUUCUUUAAAAGGAUAUGGGUUGUUCACUUGUUACACUGGUCAAGGAUUUACACUGUUUAUACCUGUUUGUGAGGAUCUCUGUACCUAGGUAUAAGAUCUGCCAGGCUAGAGGUUUCGAGGCUGCAGGAAGUGUUUGGUAGUUACACACUUGUAUAGAGCUAGUAAUUAGGGUUGUGCAUUCAGGGUAAACCUUGACCUGUUUCGUGUCCCAGCUUUUGGUAGGGGCUCCGAUCCAUUUUUGGGGAACCUCCCGAAAUCGGGAGGGCAGAUAUCUGUUUUUGGUUUGGGGCUCCAAAAGAUCAGUUUGUAAUUGGACCAUUAUGGGGGAGGGGGCUUCCCACCUAGUCUCUUCCUGGUGCACACUUUAAGGAGGCUUCUUACCUGCUGUUUCUACUCUAGAGUAAGAGGCACUUGGCUGCAGGCACUGGCAGACACGCACGCUUUCCGGGCCUCCACGCCAUGCCACACGCACUCCUUGGAAAGAGUAAGAAGCGCUCGGCUGCAGGUACUGGCAGGCAUGUGCGCUUUCUGGGUCUGCACACCACACACACACACUCCAAGGCAAGAAGGCAAGUUCUGGGAGACGCUAGGCUGCAGGCGAAAGCAGGCUUGGAGCCGGGAUCGGCUCCAGCUUGCUUUUGUGUCAAGCUGAUUUUUUUGUGGGGAGGGGCUUCCCGUUUCAUGCUCCCGAAUAAAUGGGAGAAGCAAAUUCUGCGCACAACUCUACUAGUAAUUUCAAAUGUGCAUGAUCGCAUGCAAGCUCCCAAGAAAUUCUGGGAUUUGUCCUUGUGUAGGGUGGCCACAGUACUGUAUGAAAAAUUGAUUAGAUUUUUAAAAAAUCAAAUUAGCAUAAGACCCAAACAUCCCUUAUUGCUGUGUUGUCAAAGGCUUUCAUGAUUGGGAUCACAGGGUUGUUGUAUGUUUUCCGGGUUGUAUGGCCAUGUUCUAGAAGUAUUCUCUCCUGACAUUUCACCCACAUCUAUGGCAGGCAUCCUGAGGUUGUGAGGUAUGGAGAAACUAAGCAAGGAAGGUUUAUAUAUAUCUAUGCGAAGUCCAGGUUUAUAUACAUCCACAGAUUAAAUUAGCAUAAGACCCAAACAUCCCUUAUUGCUGUGUUGUCAAAGGCUUUCAUGAUAGGGAUCACAGGGUUGUUGUAUGUUUUCCGGGUUGUAUGGCCAUGUUCUAGAAGUAUUCUCUCCUGACAUUUCACCCACAUCUAUGGCAGGCAUCCUCAGAGGUUGUGAGGUAUGGAGAAACUAAGCAAGGAAGGUUUAUAUAUAUAUCUGUGGAUGUAUAUAAACCUGGACUUCGCAUAGAUAUAUAUAAACCUUCCUUGCUUAGUUUCUCCAUACCUCACAACCUCAGGAUGCCUGCCAUAGAUGUGGGUGAAAUGUCAGGAGAGAAUACUUCUAGAACAUGGCCAUACAGCCCAGAAAACAUACAACAACCCAUCCCUUAUUGCUACUGUUUGUCGUUCAAGUAUUCAAACUUCUUGGCUAUAAAGCUAGAAUCCCAUCUGUUAAUGCAUGUGCUAUUCACAUUUCAUUAAAGUUGUUCACACAUUACACACUACUAUGUAUGUUCAGACAUGUCUAAUAUUUGUGAGUCUCUAUGUGUUCAGUCCUGAUUUGUACCCAUACAUGAGACUCCUCUCAAGUGAGUAGGUAAAAGUAAAGGUUUCCCUUGACGUUAAGUCCAGUCGUUACCAACUCUGGGGGUUGGUGCUCAUCUCCAUUUCUAAGCCGAAGAGCCGGCGUUGUCCAUAGACACCUCCAAGGUCAUGUGGCUGGCAUGACUACAUGGAGCGCCGUUUCCUUCCCGCCAGAGCGGUACCUAUUGAUCUACUCACAUUUGCAUGUUUUCGAACUGCUAGGUUGGCAGGAGCUGGGGCUAACAGCGGGCACUCAUUCCGCUCCCGGGAUUUGAACCUGGGACCUUUUGGUCCGCAAGUUCAGCAGUUCAGCGCUUUAACACACUGUGCCACCAGGGCCCCCACCUCAAGUGAGUACAGAUCAAAAAUAUAUUUAUACAACGGCAGAUGUGGAAAGGUGUAACCUUGUGUGAAUAGAUUAGCACAUACUCAUUUUAUGGAAUUUGGAGACAUUGUUCCUUGUGGCUUGGCCUCAUUCAUGUAAAGUAUCAGCUUUAAGAAAUACUGACAUUUUAUGUGAGGUAAAAAUCUUGUAAAUGAGUAAGUUUCAUAUUUCUAUUAUUUGUGAAUCAAGAAGCUUGUAUAUUGGAACAACAAUGUAAAACCAGAAUUCUUAGUCUGAACACAUGUUCCUCUGACUAACAAAUCCACAAGCUGGGUGCAGAGUAUAUAGGAAAUGUUAUAUGUGAAAAAUGUGUGUGUGUCUACAUUAGCAAUCUAUACAUAUGUAUGAUAACUGUAGCUGUAAUGACUAGCAUGAGCAUUCCUUAUUUGCAAUCGGUGUACAGUGUACAGAUCAGCCUACAUAAAUUGUACUCGUUGAAUGUUACAUGUGAAAAGUUCUACCCUGUGUAAAUAAAAUCAACAUACAAGCAAUUUUUUAAAAUAUGUAAAAACAAAAACUGUACAGCGACACGCUAUCUAUUACUACAAGACUACAACUAAGUAAAAAAUAAUAAAAAAUCACAAUCUUUAUUGAA